UUGGGCAUUCCUGUAUCAGUGUCUGCCCCUGUCCUUUCAGUUGAGUAAACAAACAAGGUAUCAGUCCUCUGUGAGGAGGCUUCAGGGGUUAAAACAGAUUAGGACAGCCAUCCCCACAGACUGAAGGAAUCUACCCAAGUACUAGAGAAGUUAAUUGGAAACUGUUACUCAGUCCAUACGACUGCUCAGAGGGAGUGUUAGGCUGGGAGUCAGAAACUACACUUGUAAAAUGCUUUAAAGGAUAACACAAAGAAAUUCAUCUGAAUUGGCCAAUACGUGCUGGACUUUAGUGGAAAGUGAAAAGUUUUUGUUUUGAAGAGCUAUACCUGAAAAAUGAAGAAGGAUUUGAAGAAAUCCACAUUCUCUACUGUCAUUCUUCUUACAGUGAUUCUACAGUUCUGCACAGGGGCCCGUAGACCAAUCAUUUCACCUGAGGAUUCUGAGCAUGUUCUGGAUCUUUCCUCUACCUUCACACUCACCUGCUCUGGAUUUGACAAGGUGGUAUGGAAAUACAGACAGGACACCAGUGUGACUGAAGAGCAGGAUGAGUUGUCUAGCAACCUCACUCUGCACAAUGUAUCGGGGAGACACACUGGGCUGUAUACCUGCCACCACAAGAGUGCAGAAGAACAAGAGAAAAGCACAUACAUUUUUGUGCCAGAUCCAGACAUGUGGUUCUUACCACUGGAGCACGGUGAAUCAGUGGUGAUGAAAACGAACGCCAAAGCUACCUUUCCAUGCUUUGUCACCAACCCCGCUUUUAAUGUUACCCUUCAUGAUAAGUCACAUGACCUGCCCGUUCCUGGAUCGUACAAGCCACAGGAAGGCUUUACAGCAAAAGUCGAAGACAAGACCUAUUACUGCAGGGCAACUUUCAAUGGAACCCAGAGAGAGUCAGAGCAGUUUUAUGUUUACAGCAUAAUAGUUCCAGAAACGAUUGAAGCCAUUAUCAAUGCCACACAGACGGUACUGAAGCAAGGAGAGCCUCUUAUGGUUAACUGUUCCAUUCAUGGCUCAGAGCUUGCUUAUUUCAGUUGGGAUUACCCACGCAAAGCUGCAGGCAAAACUAUUGAGCCAAUAACAGAUGUGACAGCUGGCCUGGAGUGGAGCCUGCGCUCCAUCCUCAACAUUUCCAACGCCACUCUGGAAGAUUCAGGCCUGUAUUACUGCAACGUCACAGAGAAUGUCGGGGAACAGGAGGCUUAUGAUCAUAUCAAUAUCACAGUUCUUGAGCAGGGGUUUGUCAGGCUAAUCUCAGACCUCAACAGGAAUCUGUCUGCCAAACUCCAUGAGAGCUUCGAUGUCAGUGUGGUGAUAGAGGCAUACCCCAAGCCUUCAGUGCACUGGCUGAAGGACAAUAGCAUAGUAAUGGAGAGCAGCGAUGAAGUUUCCAUAGAAACCACAGAGGAAGAAGAGACCAGGUACCUCAGCACGUUGACACUGGUUCGAAUUAAAACAGAACAGAGCGGGUUUUAUACAAUCAGAGUCUCUAAUGAUGAUGAGAUCCAGGAGUUGACCUUCGCUCUUAAUGUCAAUGUGCCCCCCAGGAUUGUGGAGCUUUCAGACCACCACCCCUCUGAUAAGGGCCAGGCUGUGGUCUGUGUGGCCGAGGGGGCUCCUUCCCCUGAAAUAAAGUGGUUCAGCUGCAGUCAGAUGAAAAAAUGUAGCAACGGAACUGUUCUCUGGAACCCUCUAGCCACAGACCCAGAUAAUAUCAGCAUUCAGACCAAUGUGAGCUUCAAUGAGAGUCGGAAAGUUUACCUGGCAAGGAGCGCUAUCGUCUUUCAGAAUGUGCCGACGAUGCUUUCCAUCCGCUGUGAGGCCAGGAAUGAACUUGGGAGAAAAACACAAGACGUCAAACUGGUUUCACACUUGCUAAACUCCCAGGUGGCAAUAACAGCCACCAUAUUAGCCUUGCUAGUUAUUGCUGUAAUUGCAUUUGUUGUGCUUAUCAUACUGUGGAGAAAGAAACCUCGCUAUGAGAUCCGUUGGAAGGUGAUCGAGUCAGUCAGCUCCGACGGUCAUGAGUACAUUUACGUGGACCCCAUGCAUCUGCCCUAUGACUCCAGCUGGGAAUUCCCAAGAGACUGCUUGGUGUUGGGUCGGACAUUGGGUUCAGGAGCCUUUGGACGGGUUGUGGAAGCAUCCGCCCAUGGCCUCAGUCAUUCCCAGUCAACCACUAAAGUGGCUGUGAAAAUGCUCAAAUCCACAGCUAAGAGGAGCGAGACUCAGGCUCUGAUGUCGGAGUUGAAGAUCAUGAGCCAUUUGGGACCUCAUCUUAACAUCGUUAACCUGCUGGGAGCCUGCACCAAACGAGGUCCUAUCUUUCUUAUAACGGAGUAUUGUCGCCAUGGAGACCUAGUAGACUACCUCCACAGAAACAAGCACACCUUUCUGCAGUACUACGCUGAUAAAACCAAGAGAGACAGCGAUAUGUAUGGAAACAACACCUCUGAAGGCCUGGGGAAAAGUUAUGUGACCCUAUUCAGUGAGAGUGACGGUGGAUACAUGGACAUGAGCAAAGAUGACACUACUGAAUAUGUUCCCAUGCUGGAACUGUCAGACAAUAUCAAGUAUGCAGAUAUUGAGCCAUCCGUGUAUGAAACACCAUACCAACAGGGCAGCUACCAAGGGCAAGCUCCAGAGAGAGUUGACCAUGCCCUGGUGGUUAACGAGUCUCCAAUUCUGAGCUACACAGACCUGGUGGGAUUCAGUUACCAGGUAGCUAAAGGAAUGGAGUUCCUGGCAUCUAAAAAUUGUGUACAUCGUGACCUAGCUGCGAGAAACGUCUUGAUUUGUGAAGGAAAGCUGGUGAAGAUCUGUGACUUCGGGCUUGCACGAGACAUCAUGCACGACUCCAACUACAUAUCCAAAGGCAGCACAUUCCUGCCCCUGAAAUGGAUGGCGCCAGAGAGUAUUUUCCACAACCUGUACACGACACUGAGUGACUCCUGGUCUUAUGGCAUUCUGCUGUGGGAGAUCUUCACUAUGGGAGGGACUCCCUACCCAAACCUUCCCAUGAAUGAACUGUUCUACAACGCUCUCAAGACAGGGUACAGGAUGUCAAAGCCUACCCAUGCCACUGACGAAAUUUAUGAGAUUAUGCAGAAAUGCUGGAAUGAAAAGUAUGAGAAAAGGCCAGAGUUUAGUGACCUGGUUCAUGCAGUUGGAAACUUGCUUGCUGACAGCUACACAAAGAGAUAUAACCAGGUGAAUGAGGAAUUCUUUAAAAGUGACCACCCUGCAGUUGUACGCACAAAGCCAAGGAUGUCAGGGAAUACGAUUGCAGAGGUGAGGCGGGAUACUGACAACGAACCAAGCCCUGCUAAUGAAUACAUCAUCCCCAUACCAGACCCCAAACCAGAGGAAGAGGAAGAGGUCAACGAUAUGAAGACUGAGAAAAAAACAAGCUUGCAAGCAACUGAAGAACAAGAUUCAGGUACUGAUUCCAUAGAGAUGCCACAUGCAGAGCCAGAGGAAUCAGGAACAGGUUCAGGCCCAGAGCUAGAUACAUCUGAGCCGGAAGUGGAGGACAGCUUUCUGUAACCUGGUUGUGGUUCUUCAGGGACACUCGAGUAAACCUGACCAAAGAAACCUUAACAAGGCUAUGACAGGUUCACAGCCAGUGUGAUUUAAAGUGGGAGUACGGAGCCAGUAUCAACUUGAGGCUGAAGCUGACAACCUGGUUUCAAAACUCUUACCUCAUGUUUUUAUUCUUUAGCAAGCAGGGUCACCACAAGAAGGGACACAUCUGCUGUACUUCAUUUAGUAGCAUCAUCAAAUAUAUCAUAGUAUAUACAGUAAUUACUAUAUAAACACUACAAUCUACAUGGUGGCAAUGUUUUGUGGAGAAAUAGUCUACUGCUACUGUAGAAUCUGGUGGUGCUACUGGUGAUUUUUAUUGACUGCCUUAUUAAUCACUAAACACAACAAAAAUACUGUACAAAAUAAACUCCACUCAUCCGGUUCAGAGUAGCUGAUUGAUCUCAGACCUUUGUCAAGUGAUUCUGCCUCAACAACAUGACAAGGUAGCCCAUUCCAUACCAUGUCCACUCUGUGGAAAGAUCAGAUUGGACAGUUAGAUGUACUUACAAUGACAUGUUUCCCACAAAUAAACAACCUCAGAAAUAGAUUACACAAUGCACAUAUACUGCACGUAAGGAUGAAUGUGUCUGUACAUUCAUUCAGCAGUAUUCCGUAUUGUGUUAAGUUUUGAACAUUGUGGAAAUUAGUGAUGCUGGCUUGUCAUUGCAAUAUGUAUUAAAAAGGAUUCCCACUAAUUAAAGUAAGACUGAUGCUCAUAGCACUCAACAUCACUGACCCAGCUAGCUGAGAGUUUUGUUUCCAGGUUUUUUUUUUUUGUUAUUUUUUUCUCAAAGCAUUUCAAACACAAACAAGCUUCACUUUAAAUCACACCAAAGUAUUUUUCUUAAUAACAAAUAUGAAUCUUGUGCAAUAAAUUCAAAACAUUCCUUUUGAUUGUAUAGUUAAAUGGUACGUUUAUGGUUCAACAGUAUGUUUUAUAAAAUAUAUAUGGUUUAUGGUACCUGAAAUAUGUAAGUUAUACUUGAGGGUACGAAAUGAACAAAAAUUUCAGCAGGGAUAUCAUCUCUGCUAAAUAAAUCUAGUAUGCCACUUAAGCCAUAUAGAAUUGAAGGAUAUUGGAUUUAGACUUCAUCCCCCACAUUGGGAAACAAAAUGGUUUGUGAGUUGUGAUGUACAGUUAUGGCCACAAGUUUUGCAUCAUCCUAUAGAAAUAACCAAUUUAGAUUCAUAAAGUGGAAUUAAACUUGCUGAAUAAUGUUACGUUUACAUAUUGAAUUACAUACCGCUUUGUAGUUUUCCAUAUACAUAAAAAAA